AUGUUAAAAGUGUUAAUCCCAACCCUAAUGCUCUUCCCAACGAUUUGGUUAACGCCCAAAAAAUGACUUUGGACAUCCGCCGUGUCCUACAGCCUAGUUAUUGCCCUGCUAAGUCUAACUUGGCUCAACUGGACAGCAGAAACAGGAUGAACCCUACCAAACAACUAUAUAGCAAUUGACCCUCUCUCUGCCCCCCUUCUAGUCCUAACAUGUUGACUCCUCCCUCUGAUAAUCCUCGCGAGUCAAAAUCACACACAAUCUGAGCCUGCCUCCCGACAACGCAUGUACCUUAGCCUCUUGGCCUCCCUUCAGGCUUUCCUUAUCAUAGCAUUCGGAGCCACAGAAAUUAUUAUGUUUUACAUCAUAUUCGAAGCAACCCUGGUUCCCACUCUUAUUAUCAUCACCCGAUGAGGCAACCAAGCAGAGCGCCUAAAUGCGGGCACCUACUUCUUAUUUUACACUUUGGCAGGGUCCCUCCCACUAUUAGUUGCACUACUAACCCUGCAAAAUUCAACAGGAAGUUUGUCAAUGAUUACCCUAAACUUUUGUCAGCCUUUGACUUUGAUCUCCUGAGGAGACAAAAUCUGGUGGGCGGGCUGCUUGGUGGCAUUCCUCGUAAAAAUACCCCUCUAUGGCGUCCAUCUCUGACUACCAAAGGCGCACGUAGAGGCCCCUAUCGCCGGAUCAAUAGUCCUAGCCGCAGUUUUACUAAAACUUGGGGGCUACGGCAUGAUUCGAAUAACAACAGUCCUUGACCCCCUCACUAAAGAAAUGGCCUAUCCCUUCAUCGUGCUUGCCCUCUGAGGCAUCAUCAUAACGGGAUCUAUCUGUUUACGCCAAACAGACCUAAAAUCACUAAUCGCUUACUCCUCAGUAAGCCACAUGGGGCUGGUCGCCGGAGGUAUUCUUAUUCAAACCCCCUGAGGCCUGACCGGGGCAAUUAUUUUAAUAAUCGCCCACGGACUAGUAUCAUCAGCAUUGUUCUGUCUGGCAAACACAAGCUAUGAACGAACACACAGCCGAACCAUAGUCUUGGCACGAGGCAUGCAAAUACUGUUCCCCCUAACGGCCACAUGAUGGUUUAUUGCCAACUUAGCCAAUCUUGCACUCCCCCCGCUCCCUAAUCUUAUGGGAGAGAUCAUAAUCAUUACAACCAUAUUUAACUGAUCUCCUUGAACCCUAAUCCUUACAGGACUCGGCACCCUGAUCACAGCCGGUUACUCCCUCUACAUAUUCCUAAUAACCCAACGGGGCCCAGUACCAGCACACAUUACAGGAUUAACCCCAUAUCACACACGAGAGCACCUUUUAAUUGCCCUUCACUUAAUUCCAGUUGUUUUACUUGUCCUCAAACCAGAGUUCGUGUGAGGAUGAUUCUACU